GCAGAGGUGCUGCAAAGAUAAGGCCUUUACUCCGCCUGUUGGUGGGGCCCGCUUUCACGUUCUUCCGUCAGAGCCGUGCAUUCAGGGGAAACUGGAGCAACCUCUCGUCCCAUGUGGGAGGAUCGUUUCCAGAAGCAAGUGGCUUGAGAGUGGUAUAUCUGAGACCGAGAUUUUCCUUGAGAUGCGACUGCAAUAGAAAGCCGGGCAGAGGAAACAGGACCCGGGUGCUGGCCGCCAGAGGGGCGAAGGGAGCUGGGCGAGCGCGCCCGGGAGUCGCGCUCUCCGGCCCGCAGCCCGCCAGGCCCGCCGCUAGGGGACGCCGCGAGCGCACCGGGCCCGCCGCCCCGCUGCCAGAGGAGGGCCCGGCGCCGGCUCCCUCCAGCCAGCUCCCGAGCAGGGCCAGGGCAGGGAGGCCGGAGGAGCCCGCAGGGGACGCGCGGCGGAGCGCCCGGUCUGUCACCGCGGACCCGCCGCCCGCGCUGACCCGGGACGCCGGCUUCUGGAAACCCCCAGCCACCACCCCGUCAAUUUUCCCCGCCGGGCUCCUCGGCUCCCGCUCCCCGGUGAGCGUUCGCCGGGGGCGGAGGGCGAUGUCUGCCCGCGCCCGCUGCGGUCUGGCGGGGAGCCGGGCACAGCCGCUCGCACCCCUCUGGUGCUUCUCGGCUGCCCUGGGGAUGCUGUGGUCUCCCGUCUCCCAGGCGUUCAACUUGGACGUGGAGAGGCUCACGGUGUACAGCGGCCCCGACGACAGCUACUUCGGCUACGCCGUGGACUUCUACAUACCUGACGCGCGCACAGCGAGUGUCUUGGUGGGGGCCCCCAAAGCCAACACAAGCCAGCCGGAUAUCGUGGAAGGGGGCGCCGUCUAUUAUUGCCCCUGGCCGGCCGAGGGGUCUGCUCAGUGCAAGCAGAUACCAUUUGACACCACCAACAACAGAAAGAUCAGAGUUAACGGAACCAAAGAACCUAUAGAGUUCAAAUCGAACCAGUGGUUUGGAGCAGCAGUGAGAGCUCACCGCGGGAACGUUGUGGCCUGUGCCCCUUUAUAUCACUGGAGAACUCUUAAGCCGACAUCAGAAAAGGAUCCGGUUGGCACUUGCUAUGUAGCAAUUCAGAAUUUCAGCGCGUAUGCUGAGUACUCUCCUUGUCGGAACAGCAAUGCCGAUCCUGAAGGCCAGGGUUACUGCCAAGCAGGAUUUAGUUUGGAUUUUUAUAAGAAUGGAGAUCUUAUAGUAGGAGGACCUGGCAGUUUUUACUGGCAAGGUCAGGUGAUCACUGCCAGCAUUGCAGAUAUCAUUGCAAAUUACUCAUUCAAGGAUAUUCUAAGGAAACUGGCUCGCGAAAAACAGACGGAUGUGGCUCCAGCUUCUUACGACGAUAGUUACCUUGGAUACUCAGUUGCUGCUGGGGAAUUUACUGGAGACUCUCAGCAAGAAUUGGUUGCUGGAAUUCCAAGAGGUGCACAGAAUUUUGGAUAUGUUUCAAUUAUUAACUCUACCGAUAUGACCUUUAUUCAGAACUUCACUGGUGAACAGAUGGCAUCAUAUUUUGGAUAUACUGUUACAGUAUCAGAUGUUAACAAUGACGGAAUGGAUGACAUAUUGAUUGGGGCACCUAUCUUCAUGGAACGCGAAUUUGAGAGUAAUCCUAAAGAAGUUGGGCGAGUUUACCUGUAUUUGCAAUCAAGCCCUCUCAUCUUCAGAGACGCGCAGGUCCUGACAGGCACUAAGGUUUUCGGGAGAUUCGGCAGUGCUGUGGCACAUUUAGGAGACCUGAACCAAGAUGGAUACAAUGACAUUGCAAUUGGAGCGCCCUUUGCAGGCAAGGACCAACAAGGCAAAGUGCUCAUUUACAACGGAAACAAGGACGGGUUAAACAUAAAGCCUUCCCAAAUUCUGCAAGGAGCUUGGGCCUCACAGGCUGUCCCUUCAGGAUUUGGUUUUACUUUAAGAGGAGAUUCGGACAUAGACAAGAAUGAUUACCCAGAUUUACUUGUGGGCGCAUUUGGAACCGGAAAAGUAGUUGUUUACAGAGCGAGGCCGGUUGUGACUGUAGACGCCCAGCUUCUGCUGAACCCAGUGAUCAUCAAUCUUGAAAAUAAAACUUGCCAGAUUCCAGAUUCGAUGACAUCUGUGGCCUGCUUUGCUGUAACAGUGUGUGCAUCGGUAGCAGGCCAGAGCAUUUCAAACACAAUAGCCCUGACUGCUGAGGUGCAGUUAGAUUCACUGAAACAAAAAGGAGCCAUUAAACGAACACUCUUCCUUGACAACCAUCAGUCCCAUCUCAUCUUCCCUCUUGUGAUAAGACGGCAGAAAGCCCUCCAGUGCCAGGACCUUAUCGUUUACCUUCGAGAUGAAACUGAAUUCCGAGAUAAAUUAUCUCCAAUCAACAUUAGUUUGAAUUACAGUUUGGAUGAAUCCAUCUUUAAAGAAGGCCUGGCAGUGAAGCCAAUACUGAACUACUACAGAGUAAACGCUGUUAGUGAGCAGGCUCACAUCCUGGUGGACUGUGGAGAAGACAAUAUAUGCAUUCCUGUCUUGAAGCUGUCAGCUAGACCAGAUAAGGAUCAGGUAAUCAUUGGGGAUGAAAAUCACCUUAUGCUCAUAAUAAAUGCAAGAAAUGAAGGGGAAGGAGCCUAUGAAGCUGAACUCUUUGUAAUGAUACCAGAAGAGGCAGAUUAUGUUGGGAUCGAACGCAGCAACAAGAUUUCUCUGGGCCUCCGAUUUGCAGUUCCACGUCUCGAGAAAACAAACGUGAGCAUUAACUUCGAUCUCCAAAUCAGAAGUUCCAACAAGGACAAUCCAGACAGCAAUUUUGUGAGCCUGCAAAUCAACAUCACUGCUGUAGCUCAAGUAGAAAUAAGAGGAGUUUCCCACCCUCCACAGAUUGUUCUGCCCAUUCAUAACUGGGAACCAGAAGAAGAGCCCCACAGAGAAGAAGAAGUUGGACCUUUGGUGGAACAUAUCUAUGAGAUGCAUAAUACUGGACCAAGUACCAUCAGUGAAACCCUUCUGGAAGUGGGUUGGCCGUUCUCUUCUCGGGGUGAAUUUCUUCUCUAUAUUUUCCAUAUUCAAACUCUGGGACCUCUGCGGUGCCAAACAAAUCCUGACAUCAACCCACAGGAUAUAAAGCCUGCAGCCUCCCCAGAGGACACCUCUGAGCUUAGCGCCUUUUUGAGGAACUCUACCAUUCCUCAUCUUGUCAAGAAGAGAGACGUGCCUGUGAUGGAGCUCCACAGACAAAGCCCUGCAAAAAUACUGAAUUGUACAAAUAUUAAGUGCUUACAAAUCUCCUGUGUGGUGGGACGAUUGGAAGGAGGAGAAAGCGCAGUCCUGAAAAUCAGAUCACGGUUAUGGGCCCAAACAUUCCUCCAGAGAAAAAACAACCCCUAUUCUCUGGCAUCCCUGGUGUCCUUUGAAGUUAAGAAGAUGCCUUAUAAAGAUCAGCCAGUGAAACUCCCACGAGGAAGCAUGGCGAUUAAGACGUCAGUUAUUUGGGCAACCCCAAACGUUUCCUUCUCAAUCCCAUUAUGGGUAAUAAUAUUAGCAAUACUUCUUGGAUUAUUGGUUCUGGCCAUUUUAACCUUAGCUUUAUGGAAGUGUGGAUUCUUUGAUAGAGCAAGACCUCCGCAAGAUGAUACGACCGACAGAGAACAACUGACAAAUGACAAAACCCCUGAUGCAUGAAAAGGGGAAACAAAGACCAAAAAAAAUCAAACACUGGUCCAGUUCAAAGGAAAGAAAGGACACAGGGCUAAAUAGAGGCUUUCCUGUACCUGCCAAUGAGCUAGGAAAUGGAAGCCCCCUGAAAAAUAUCACCUCAUCUAUGCAGUGCUUUGGUGAAGUUACCACGGGAGUCGAAUGACCCUUUUGGGACGUGAAACACCCUCAACACUGUAGAAAUGAUUACCAAUAGUGGAAGAUUUCUUUUGCCUUAGUCGUUCUGUAUUUGAUAGACACUUUAAAAUGUAUAUGGGAGCUUGGAUGGCUUUCCAGGUAAAUCCAACUUAAGUUGCAAAGAUGAAAUGUCUGAAUUACUGUAGAAUUUACGAGGUAGACUAGGACAGAACCUUCCAGCACUACUGUAUCCAAUGGAAUAUAUGACACCUCCCUAUGGAAAAGAAGCAUUUCUUAUGAUAUUAUGGCUCAGGGAGAGAAGCAAUAUGUUGUUGGUACUGUGAAAGUACUUUGGAAACUACAAAGAAUAAUCUUGUAAGUGAGGACAGAAAUUUAUUUAUUUAUUUUCCAUUUCUCCAGGUUGAGAAUCUGGUCUUCCAGAAGACUUGGGAAUUAAGAUUGGUUAGCUAGUUUUCUGUUUUUGUUUUUUAAUCACUCAAUCUCCUUCUAAGAUAACCAUUUUUGUGCAGCUAAAUCGCUUAAGGGAAGCUUCUUCAGAGUUUAGACAGUGCUAAGAAAAAGCAAACUGGUGUUAGGAGUCAGUUUCUCUUAAAACCUUGCCUUUCUCUACCCGAAAUUACUUUGAUUCACGCUAUUCAGGAACUCACAUCUGCUCAAGUUAGCUUAGAAUGUUGAGUUUAUAUUUCCUUUUCUUUAAAAAAAAAAAAAUUCUUUCCGUUGAAUUAGCUAACAGUUCAUGAAUUCCAAGAUACUCUUUAUCCUGCCUGGUGUUUAAAAGUAAUGUUAAAAUUUCUAGAGUUCAUUCAUUUAAAAAGUAAUUUAGCAAUAUUGGUAAAUACAUUAUUUUUAAUAUCUGUAAGAAUCAACACCAAUAUCUAGGUUUGGAUUCAAUACCUAUUUUCUCUGUAUGCCUCACAUUUAUAAAUAUGGAGAAAAUAUGUUGAACAUAAAUAAGGAAAUAUAGUUACACAGGUAUGAGAUUAACUUAGAAAAUAGGAAUUUAGAAUUUUAUCUAAAAUUACUUAUUUCAACCUUACUACUCAUUUUUACUGGUAAUUGUUAUAGUACACAACUUUGGAGACUAAUCUCUUCUUUAAGCUAUUUUUCAUCAUCUUGAAUUUAACCGUCACAAAAAAAAUUGAUUUUUAAAACUGUCAUAAAUAAUCCAUAAUCCUGUGUAGUAUUACCAUAUUUGAAGUAAAACCGACCAGCCAAAUUCAUAUAGUCUGCACAGUUUUGUAUCCUUUAUAUAAUAAUGAAAAAUUACAAUGAGGAAAUGCUGAACAAAUUUCUAUGUGCAAUAUUGUAUAGACCUAUGUCUGAAGCAUGUUUACACUGGCAUUAAUUAUCUUUUUUUUUAAGAUCUUGAAUAUUAAGUAUGAUAGAACAAACUGACCAGAAUCCUGGAGUUUACAAAGCAGUUGGAAAAAAAAUGUAUUCUAAUUUCAACACUCACACUUUAUUUGAAAGAGGAGCCAAACUCACAGACACUAAAUUUUAAGUCAUGCUUUAACCUGGAGAGGAGCCAUUUGGCUACAGCUGCAGAAAUUCAUUGGAAACCAAAUGAAAGGCAUAUGGAAAAAUACAGUGUUGCAGUUCAGAUUGUUCCUGCCUGUGAAUUAAAUCCUGUCCUGGUAGCUGCUUCAAGCCUGUCAAGAACUAAAAUCUGGCUCCCAGUUUUGGUGAAAGACUGUGGAUGAGAAUUCCAAGUGGCUCAAAGAGAUUGAGGGUUCCACACCAGCCUCUGGGGGUCUAGGUAUUAGUUCUGUCAGUAGAGCUGGUUUUACAGGUAGGUGGCCAUCUCUGUAGUAUAAUUUGAGGGAUGCCAGACAGAUCUCUGCCCCCAAAUAAUGCCCUAACUCCUGUCAUAAAAGUGCCUGAAAUUUCACCAAUAGAAAUUAGCUCCUCGGGAUUUCUAGUCAUAAAAAAAAACAAACCAAACCCACUGCUGUCGAGUCGAUUCCGACUCAUAGAGACCCUAUAGGACAGAGUAGAACUGACCCAAAGAGUUUCCAAGGAGCACCUGGUGGAUUUGAACUGCUGACCUCUUAGUUAGCAGCCGUAGCACUUAACCACUACGCCACCAGGGUUUCCCUAGUCAUAAAAGGCCCCUGCAAAAAAGGCACCCCUUGCCUUUGAAGCUAACAUUCCUGAAGGAACUCGGAACUUUUAGGCGAGCUAAACACAAGGCCCUGUGGACACCUGGAGGAAACUAUAGAUUCCGGGAGGAAGAUUUGGUCACAGAACGAACGGGAGCAAGACAGGAGGCAAACAGCCUUCCUCACGGUCUCCACUGGAGUGGUCCCUUCCUAGGAGGGGCUGCACCUUCAGCCUGCCCACAAGCACAGCUACCAAAGGGCAUUUCACAGAGGGCCAUCCUGCACACAGGGGCCUUCUUGGCCACUUUGGAUGUGGAAUCAAGUGAAGGAAGGGAGAAAACUGAAGUCAGGUGACCUUUCCAGUUGUAUUUCUUGAGCAGCCCCAUAUUUCUUAAGAACAUUCUGACAACGCACUGAGUGUAUCUGUUUCUCGUUAGAGCAUUGCCGUUUGCUUUAGCAAUUCAUGAUGUGCUAUUCUCGUCUUAGAGCCUAUCUUUAAAACUCUCUUUUUAAAUUCUUGCAGCUGGUUUUUAAGACAUAGAAAAAUGGGCAAAUUUUGUUGUAUAAAUUUGGAGGCUUUUAUAGAGGAAAUAAACUGUAUGUACUAGUCACCACUGAAAGUCCACUCUUAGAACUUAACACUUUUCCUUGUUUUAUUUAAAUACCGGUGUAGGUAUCUGUGAAGAUAUUCAUGUACCGAUUUACUUUGUCACUAAUACAAUAAAAAAAUUAAAGACAUUA